CCCCAUUGAAGAAGAAGUGAGGAGGAACAAGCAGCCGACGCGCAGUGCCUUUGCAGCAUCUCAGUCACACAGCAGAGAGAGGCUCCUUACACGGUUCCCAUAGGCAGCCUUUUCCUCCCUUCCUGACUGCGGGGCUCCAACAAAAGGCGCGGGUAACCCCUGACUCCCAUUAGGAUCUUCUCUUCCCUGUUGGAGACCUUCUCCACCCCCCAAAUCCAGCAGCCAUGGCAGAGGACGCAGACAUGCGCAAUGAGCUGUCAGACAUGCAGCAGCGGGCUGACCAGCUAGCCGAUGAGUCACUGGAGAGCACUCGCCGCAUGCUGCAGCUGGUGGAAGAGAGCAAAGAUGCCGGCAUCAGGACUUUGGUCAUGCUGGAUGAACAGGGAGAGCAACUGGAGCGCAUCGAGGAGGGAAUGGACCAAAUCAAUAAGGACAUGAAGGAUGCAGAAAAGAAUUUGAACGAUCUAGGGAAAUUCUGUGGUCUUUGCUCCUGUCCAUGCAACAAGAUGAAGAGCGGCGCCAGCAAGGCCUGGGGGAACAAUCAGGAUGGGGUGGUGGCCAGCCAGCCCGCCCGUGUGGUGGACGAGCGUGAACAGAUGGCCAUCAGCGGAGGCUUCAUUCGUAGGGUAACAGAAGACGCUCGGGAAAAUGAAAUGGACGAGAACCUGGAGCAGGUGGGUGGCAUCAUUGGCAACCUGCGCCACAUGGCCCUGGAUAUGGGCAACGAGAUCGACACCCAGAACCGCCAGAUCGACAGGAUCAUGGAGAAGGCUGAUUCCAACAAGACUAGGAUUGAUGAAGCCAACCAGCGUGCCACAAAGAUGCUGGGCAGUGGCUAAGCGCCGCCGGCCCCAGAGCACAAUCUUCCCGGCGUCCCCGCGCCACACAUCAGCAGGCGCUGACAUGCUUUCAUCAUGGUCUUGACCUUCUAGGUUUGCACACAUGCACAUAUCACACCUCCCCUUACUCAUUGUAAAUGCUGUUCUUCGUGUCGUCUGUCCAGCUUUUUUCAAGAUGAUUGUCCUCGUAAAAAGAUUAUUUCUAUUAUUCCGUAUAUCAUUCUUUCCAAAGGUUGUACAUAGUGCUGACUUGAUGGCUCUCUAGCUCACUUGUGAAGUUUUUAAUUCUCUUUAUCAUAAAUAUAUAUACACAUAUAUACAUAUAUAUGUAUAUAUAUAUAUAUAUAUAAAAUAAAUAUUUGAAGUACUCUGAAUGAUAAGUAUAUUAUAGGAAUGCUCAAAAAGUUGUUUGUUUUGUUAUUUUUUCCUUUCCAGUAUCUCAGUAUUGUCUUUGUAAAACUGUUUCCCUCCAUCCGGGCUACAGUCCCGCUUUUUUUUUGGUGUUAUGACAAACGAAACAGAGAGGGCAGGGGGGCGAAAAGCACCAGUUAAAGCUUUACAAAGCUGCGGCACAGCGGAGAAAGGUUUGAAAGAGCACACGCAAAGAGAAGGCAGUCGUUUUCCUUCAUCGCAGUCAUUCUGAGUUACUGUUAUGACAAUGUGCAACUUAGACUCUCUGUAGCUGUAUUAGACAUUGCAUUCCAAGUGACGUGAAUUGUGCGUUCUCUGCAUGACAAAUGGUAGAUUUUAGUCUUAUAAAUAAACCAUGUCUGAAAAACAUAUAUAAAAAAAUGGUAAUAUGGCCGUAGCAAAUUGACAAAACGCAUGCUCCAUAUUAGGACACAGUUGAUCGUUCCAUACUCCUGCAAGUUUGCAAUAGUGCCACUCUCUGUCUUGAUGAUAAUUACCGACUGUGACCAUCUCGUUGUACAAAAAUGCAAAAGGGAUUCAAAGUAAAACAAUAAAAAGGGUGUGAUGAAGUUGGAGUGAGAUACGAGGACUUGGGGUUGCAAAAAUGAAAAAAAAAGAAAAAAAAAGACCUGUUUUCUAAAUGAUUAUGCAGUUCACCGAAAAAGACGUUCUGUUGUGUUGAAAGAUGAGGACUGGUUGUGUACUGUAACAUAGGUUUUGGAUGCUCUGACCAUUAAAAAAAGUAAAUAAAAGUUUGCAAUGUAAAGCAAAAGACGCAUAUUUCUGAGAGACCUUACUUUUCUAAGACUGUACCUGUAAGUUUCUUCUCCCCGUGUGGUUUGUUAUUGGUAAAAAACUAAUACAGAUAGUAUUAAAUGACAGUAACUAUACUCUAAAACUGCAAACUAAAGGGUUCUUAUGUUGCUUCUGUACUUUAGAACUAUGCACACCAAAUCGCCAACAUGUUACGUAGUUCCAGUAAGGUGACUGAAUCCCCAAACCUGAAUGACACAAUAGCAGAAACUGUGAGAUUGAUGUCCUCAACGCAUGUAAUAUUAAAGACUCCCUCUCUGUAUUCUGUCAGUGUGUGAAGUGGUGGGCAUUUUGUAGCUAGCUAAAUUGAUUAAAGUAAUAAACCCUA